ACCCUUUUCACACCUGCUCGAGACCUCCGCUCCCGGGCCCACGCUCCCACCCUAUAAAUGUCGACGCGAAGAACUAGAAAUUCUCGCAACGACCGGAGCCCAGUAUCGUCAUUCCACCUCGCAAAGUGGUGAGUGGUGGUGAGUGGUGAGUGGUGAGUGGUGAGUGGUGAGUGGUGAGUGGAGAGUCGACAGACAAAGGUUUUGGAGUUUUUAGAGAGAGAAAGUGUGCGUCCUUGAGAGACACAGUAAAACGCCGAGAUCGCGCUCUUGAAAAUGGCGCAUCGUCAUCCCAAACCCUCAUCACACUGGUAACACAGCUCUCGUCGUCUUCCUCCUCGUUCUUCCAAAUCACCGGCUUCCAGAGAUGGCUGAGGCGGCGAAGGUUCUGUACAUAGUGGUGGUGGACGAUGGGGACAAGAGAGAGAAAGGGAAGGAGUCCUUUCGGUAUACUCGUCCUGUUUUGCAAAGCUGUCUGCAACUCAUGGGCUGCAAGCCCCGCCACGCCUUCAAGAUUAGCCAACGGGUUUUUGAAUCGAUAAGAAAUGAGAGUUCAUCUAAUGUCUUGCUUCUGGAGGAACAGAAAAUGUUCCCCCCCGGUAAAGCUGAGGCUUGCAACCAUUUGGGUUCAGGGAAAGAUGACAGAAGCAAGAGUAUACCAUUUGAAUUGUACAAAGCACGCACGACUGUUGUGGUUAGGAGAAAAACCUUCUUAAAUGUUGUUUGUGAUGCCCAGGCUGAGUACAAGUAUGUUGGUCCUAACCAGCAGGCAGACUUAGCUUUGGCAUGCGGAAUCAGGGAAAGGAAGGAAUCCGUGAUUGUAUUGUUGUGUGGCACUAGUGGCUGUGGAAAAUCUACUUUGUCCUCAUUGCUGGGUAGCAGGUUGGGAAUUACAACUGUGAUAUCUACCGACUCAAUUCGGCACAUGAUGAGGAGCUUUGUAGAUGAAAAAGAAAACCCUCUGCUAUGGGCUUCAACUUAUCAUGCAGGGGAGUGUCUGGAUCCAGUGGCUGUUGCAGAAUCCAAAACUAAAAAGAAAGCCAAAAAAUUGGCUGGAACUCCAUGCUCACUUCCCAAAGAUGGAAUGCAUGAUGGCUCUUCCUCUGGGAAAUCUGAUACGCGAUUGUCAGACAUCAGUUCGAGUACUGCUGAAUUAAUCAGUGCAAAGCAGUUGGCUGUUGAAGGAUUUAAGGCUCAAAGUGAGAUGGUGAUUGACAGUCUUGAUCGACUUAUCACUGCGUGGGAGGAACGAAGAGAAUCAGUUAUUGUGGAAGGUGUUCACUUGAGCCUUAAUUUUGUGAUGGGGCUUAUGAAGAAACACCCUUCUAUCAUUCCAUUCAUGAUAUACAUCACAAAUGAGGACAAACACAUGGAACGGUUUGCUGUCCGUGCAAAGUAUAUGACACUGGACCCAACAAAGAACAAGUAUGUGAAGUAUAUUCGUAACAUCAGGACAAUCCAAGAAUAUCUCUGUAAGCGAGCUGACAAGCAUCUUGUCCCCAAAAUUAACAAUACAAAUGUUGACAAGAGUGUGGCAGCUAUCCAUGCAACGGUCUUUAGCUGCCUCCGUAGGCGUGAAGCAGGGGAGCAACUUUAUGAUCCCACAAGAAACACAGUUACUGUAGUGGAUGAGGAGUACAGGAACCAGUGUGCAGCCAAUUCUUUGAGUUCUAAGGGGAUGUUUCAGUUGAUCCAGAGAAAAGGUUCGUCUAGGCAUCUGAUGGCUCUUGUAAAUACCGAUGGAUCUGUGGCAAAGGCCUGGCCUGUUGAUUCAGUUGAUAGUAAUGGGAAGCCUCUAUAUUGCCAUGGGACUGAGAUGGAGAUUGGAACUGCAGAGCAAGUGAAUCUUCAGUUUGGUCUCUAUGGGAUCAGUGCUUGGCCCAGUGAUGGUGGUCCAAGUUGUGCUGGAAGUGUAGAUGAGUCGAGGGGUGAGGGAACUGAGAUUGGAAGAAGUAUUCCCUCUUCCUGCUGCAGCUCGCCACGGAUGUCUGAGGGACCCGCCAAACAGCUGAAAGUGGACAAUUCAGUGCAUGGAAGUGACGAAGAGGUUGAUGAAGAGGCUGAAGCAGGCAGUGAUGAAGAACUAAGUGAUGAUGGAGACAGACAGUUGUAUGAAGAGAUAGGGUCGGUGGACGAGGAGUCUACAAAAACGGAUGAUGAGUACGAUGACCUAGCAAUGCAGGAUGUGCAGGAGAAUGGAUACUGGUUGGGAAAUGAUGAUCGGGGAGCCAAUCAUAAAAUUUUCCCUGUUCUGGAGGAUCAAUCAGCCGAUAAAGAAGGGGAUAAGUAUCGCCAGAACCUGGAUCUCUUCCGUAGAACUAGAUCCGAGUCAUUUUCUGAACCAUUAUGCUCAUACUCUUCUUUGUUUAUUGAGAAGAAUGAGCUUCCAAUACCGUGCUCUGGCAACAUGAAAUUUAGAAAACGCCGCUCCCUUAGCAUUCCCGCCUUGGGAAGGCAUGGGUCAUUAGUUGGGGGUCCCAUACUUUCGGGAGCCCCUCAGUGCUAACACAAGAAUUUUGAUGGAGCUUAGUGCUUCAUCACUGUUCUUUUCUUCCUCUCUCUGUGUAGCCCGCCUUUUUAGCGUAUUUAGUUAACUUAAUCCUUCCCUAUCUGUACAGUAAUCUAUUUAGGCUGUUGGAAUGGAAUGCUAUGAAUCUAUGGUAGAAUGAGAACAUGAUUUACGACUAGUUUCAGUAUGGGAUGCAUAGAAUGAGCUCGAGAUUUUUGAGUUGUAUGCUACCGCUAUCUAUGGUUGAAUUCCGACUUGCUUUUCGUGAUUCUUUCUAGCAGGGAUCAAACCGGCUGUUUGUUCAAUCUCUGUUCAAGUAGCUGAGGCCAGAAAGGGGAGGAAUUGCGUCUUCUAGUCUGCUAAUGGGUGACAAGUUCCCGAGCCUGGUCUCAGGCGUCGGGCACCAAGACAGUUCUAGGUGUCUGAUGCUUGGGUUCGACCUAAGGAUUCGGAUACCUGGGCACGGUCAAGGGCAUCAAUCCCUAGCUCUUGUACCAUGCGUCGGAUUCUUGGGGCAACUCGUACUCACCGUUGUCUCGGGUAUCAUCUCCUUGUGUCACCAGGUUCGGUAUUGAGUGACGAAUCUCCAUGUACCAAGUCUACUAUUGGGCCUCAGGUCAUUAGUCCGAUCUCAGAUGUUGAGUCUUCAGGUCUAGGUAUGGUCCUGGACAUCCGAUUGCAAGCUCGGUCUUGAGCGUGGUGACACAUGUGCAACUGUCACGAGCUCUGCUGUCCCGAGCUUGCGUUAGAGGUUCCAGAGACGUGGGAUCAUGAUAUCAGUUUCGUCUUAGUUAGUUGUGUUUUGACGUCCCUUAGGCGUUGGGGUAUGUGUGGCUAGGUCCCAAUUCUGACCAUGCAAGCAUCAAGCAACAAGUAUGAUGCAGAAGAAUUAGAAAAUAACUCACAAAUCGAGAAAAGAAAGUAAAAAACGUAGCUUUAGCAACUCACUUGGCAUAUUUGUUUACCAAUUCCUUUUUGCACACCACUUCUUCAAGUUUCAACUGAGGCUGAGUGUAAUCCAAAAUUUCAAAGAAAUAAGAUUUGAGAGAUGGACUUGAAGCAAAGA